GAUGGUCGUACAGUUUCGCGUUUCCCUGCGUAAAAAUCCAAAAGGGAAAAUCCAAAAAAAAAAAAGCCACCGACGCUCCAACAAAAAUUAUCCAAAAAUCCGUGUAGUGCUCGAGGAAACGAGUGAAAAAUCAUGGGUAAAACAAAAAUUGCUUGUGCAAAGUGUCAGAAAAAGUGUUCCGGCGAAGUUUUGCGUGUGAGCGAAAAAUAUUUUCACAAGGCGUGUUUCCAAUGUAAGAAAUGCAACAAAUCUCUUGCCACCGGCGGAUUCUUUUCCAAAGACGGUGCGUACUAUUGUACCUCAGACUAUCAAAAGCUUUAUGGGACAAAGUGUUCGGCCUGCAAUGACUACGUUGAGGGCGAAGUUGUGCAAACGAUGGGCAAGACGUACCAUCAAAAGUGCUUCACUUGCAAUCGGUGCAAUCAGCCGUUCCAAUCUGGAGCAAAGGUUACCAACACGGGCAAGGAAGUUGUCUGCGAAGCAUGCAUCACGGGAUCGCCUUCGAUCAAAAAACUCACGAGCGGCAGUGUCACAUCUAGUCCAAAAAUUGCUACGGCAUCACAGCAGGAGCACGAAAGCGUGCGAAAACCUCAAAUUCCGAAAUCCAACGAUCCGAAUGAUUGCGCAGGAUGCGGCGAGGCACUCAAGGAAGGUCAAGCGCUCAUCGCACUCGAUCGUCAAUGGCAUAUUUGGUGUUUCAAAUGUCAAUCGUGUGGUUGCACCUUAAACGGCGAAUACAUGGGCAAAGAUGGCGUGCCGUACUGCGAAAAGGACUACCAGAAGGCCUUUGGGGUCAAAUGUGCGUACUGCAAUCGUUUUAUCAGCGGAAAAGUGUUGCAAGCUGGCGAUAAUCAUCAUUUCCAUCCGACAUGCGCUCGUUGCACGAAAUGCGGCGACCCAUUCGGUGACGGGGAGGAGAUGUAUUUGCAAGGAGGCGCUAUUUGGCAUCCACGUUGCGGACCUGGACCCUCAGCAGAGUUCAAUGGGACGAUAAUAAAUGGAUCGAGUGUGCCGGGAAGUGCAAAUGGGCACUUUACUGAUACAGAAUGUGAUCGCAUUAGCACAAGCGCGAGCGAAUUACAGUUUUCAUUACAUUCACGCACCCCAAGCGUUAACGGGUCACUUUAUAGUCCUAAUUCAUACAAAAAGUAUCAUCGCACUCAAUCGCCGGGUCUCAUCUUGCGCGAAUAUGGCAGACCUGGUUUCGAGGACAUUUCUCGCAUUUACACGUACAGCUAUCUCACGGAUGAGCCACAUUACUUGCGGAAACCCAUUGAGCCGUACGAUCGCCCACCCGUUUCGCCGCACUUUCAUCGCCCCCAUACCAGCUACGAUCGCGAUCGUCCUCCGUCGAGACCUCAUUCGCGCAGCAGGAGUGCCAUGAAGGUGCUGGUUGAUAGCAUUCGGAGCGAAACGCCGCGUCCCAAGAGUCCCGGCAUGAACAACGAAGAACCCAUUGAGAUGUCGCACUAUCCAGCUGCGAAGAAACCCACUGCCGGCGAAAAGCCAAAAAUUGAACGAGAUGAUUUUCCGGCGCCGCCCUAUCCGUACACAGAUCCAGAGCGGCGACGACGCUAUUCGGACUCGUAUAAGGGAGUGCCCGUGUCGGAUGAUGAGGAGGAGAAUGGCAAAGAUAAGGCGCCCAAGGAUGAGGUUGAUGAACGCUUGAACAAGGAACAAGAAGAGCUAAAGAAAAUCAACAGCGGCAUGGGAGCUGUCAUCUUGAAAGAUUUGAAGGAACACGCCAAAUACCGUCGUUGGAAGCAAAGCCAUUUGGAUCCCAGAAACUCGUCGAGAACGCCAUCUGCUGCAAAAGAACCCAUGUAUCGCUUACGAUACGAAUCCCCGAUCGGUGCAUCGCCAUCUCGCAAUUUAGACCAUCAAAAGCCUUUCUACGAAGACGAACAAUUUGACAGGUCAACCAGUUAUCGCGGAUCUGUAGGACGUGCAAUAAAUAAUGCGCCAAGUUAUAAUGUUAUUCAUUCUUAUCGAUCACCACCAAAGCCUGGAUAUGGCUUUAAACAGCCAAACACAUUACCAGCCUCAUAUCGCAGUGGCUAUGUUAGCGGGUAUAGUUCUGACUUUUCUUAUGGAGGAUUGGGCGACAAAACGCAUAGCACAGAGUUUAGUUGUGGAAAGUCGGAUGUGUCUGUUGACUCAAUUACCGAUGGCGAUCGACGUGCAUUAGGUGCCGAUAUUCCGGCAAGCAGUACAUAUUCGGGUGCUCUGUCGUUCCAUUAUCCGCAACAAGGCGUCAAUAUUCGUCGUAGCUUACCAAAUAUGGCACACAGUAUGCUUGUGCACGAACCAGCCAAAAUUUAUCCAUACCAUCUACUGCUGAUUACGAAUUAUCGUCUGCCUGCCGAUGUUGAUCGGUGUAAUUUGGAGCGCCAUCUAUCUGACACGGAAUUUGAAGCGGUAUUCCAAUGCACACGAUCCGAAUUCUACCGGCUCCCACAAUGGAGACGCAGUGAAAUAAAACGACGAGCUCGACUCUUUUAAACACGGAAAAAAAUUUUCAUCAAAUUCUACCAAUUAUUCUAUUCUACAAAAAAAAAUAAAUCUAACCCAAACGUAUUAAAAAAAUAUUUUACGAAAACUAUUUGAGGGGUGAAAAUAAUCAGACAGCUUCAAUUUUUUUAUAUUUCAUUAAGUUUAGUGUAGGAACCGACUUUUAUAAUCAAAUAAUUUGCCUUUUUUGUAAGUUUUAUUUUUAAAUGAAUAUUGUAUGCCCUUUAUUUGUACUCGGCAGCUUUUUUAUGUUUUAUCACAAAUUAUGUUCCUUUUUUUCUUGACAACUAUUUUUUUUUUUUUGAGAAUGAUUGUAUUUAUAUAAUUAUUUUAAUAUAUAAAAAAAAAUAAUUUUAAGCCAAAUUUGAGUUCAAACGAGUUUUUUUAAAUUUUUAUUAUUAAAAUUAAUUUAUUUGAUGAUUUUAAAAAAUAUUUUAAAAAGGGAGAAAAAAAUAGUUGAAUGCUUUAAAAAAAAUAAAAAGGCCUCUAAAGAACUUUGGUGACAUUGUUGACGAUGUCCUUUAAUAAAAAAUAAUAAAAACAAUAAAAAAUUCUUAGAAUAAGUCGCUUUGAAAUUUAGUUUCGCUUUCGCGGUCAUCAGUCAAGUUUAAACGUCUUUAAUGUUCAUAAAAUAAAUAAAAAUAUAAAAAAUUACAGGAACCGAGAUAAAAAGAUGAGAAAAUAUAUUUUUGGAAAUAUUAAAAAAACACAAAACAGUAGAAAUUAGUAAAUAAGGGAACGAAGAAAUAUUUUUGAGGCAGUUAGAAUGUAAAAAAAUGCUUUGAAGACCGUGAAACACGCCAAAAAAAGCAAUUUCAGGUGCAUCUCUUUCUAUUUAUUUAAAUCCCUUCCCUUUUUUAUUAGAAAUUUAAGACGAAAAAAUUGCUUAGAGCCUUAACUUGUAAGAUUUUAACAGACAUCACUUUCCCUCUAAAUGAUGAUAACGAUAGAAAUUUGAGUAAAAAUAGUACUUUUUGUAUGUAAAAGCAUUCAAACUCCUGUAUUUAUUGCAUUUAUAUUUAAAUUAAUCAUCAUCCAAUGAAAGCCAAAAGAUGAAAAAAAUUUACACACAUCACAUUUUUUUUAUAAUUUAAAAAUAAAAAAAAAAAUCAAAUCUGGCAGUACAACAAAUUGCUUUUGUCGCAUCGUGGUAAAAAAAAAAUUAACAAUAAAAAAAAUGUAGGAAAUCAAUUUACGUUAAUAAAA